UCCACUUUUUAGUGAUAUCGAUAGUAAAAUUAAGCUCUAUCAUAUAUCGAUAUUAGAGUAGGUUUGAAUAUUUUUAUUGGCGGUUUCUGUAGUUGUUAAGACGUUAGUGAUAGUAGUUAACAAAAAUAAAUUUGGUCUAAUUUUAUUAAUAUUUUAAGUGGACAUUAAAUUUUACUAUGUCUGGAAGUGAUUUUUAUGGGGCUGAUACGUUGCACAAAGAAGUCUAUAUAAGAAAAGGGCAUGAGGACUGGAAUGAAAUAAAUUUGAAUCCAGGAGGAAUUGCAAGUACCCUUCAGGAUGUUAAAACCCAACAACGAGCAGGAGCUUAUGCCUACAAAAAAAUUCCCAAUAGAUUCAUAUAUUGGAGGACUGAAGGAAAUGUUCUUGAAAUGGUUGAAGAAUCCCUUGACGUAACAUUGCAUGGUAAUCAGAUUAGAUACAAAUUUACUGAUAGUCAAGUGUUGGAUGGUUUGACUGUUACAGAAACUAUGAAAAGACUGAUUAUUCUUGUUCCUACUGUGUCUAGCCUUCACGUUUUCACAUAUCCACAUCCUGAGAAACUCUUGAAAAAGGGAUUUGGUGAAGUGUCUAGUUUGUCUGUUUUUCAUGGCAUUAGUGAAAGUGAUGCUACGGAUCCACAGACCUACCAUCAACUGAAUUGUUCUUCCAGUGCAAUUGUUAGCUGCACAUCUUGUAUUGCAAAUAAUGGAGAAGCUAUAUUUGCUCUUGGAUUAGCAAAUGCUUCAGUUCUUCUUGUCAUUGUAGAUUCUGUUAGUGGCUUAUCUUCUUCUCGUAUUCUUUCCCAUGAUAACAUUGUUCCUAGAUUUCUCACAGGAAUUUUGGGAAAGGAUGGUGGAGAAUGGGUUCCAGUUAGUUUGAUUUUGCAUUAUAUAAAAAAAGAACUUUUUCUCUUCACACUUUGUAGAGGAGGAAGCCUUCGUGUAUGGUCAGUUGAUAGAGGAUCAUUUAUCACGUCUCUAUGUGUGAAGUUAACAAGUCAAACAACAUUGAAAGCUCAGAAACACAAGAUGUGCAAAGGAUAUAUAAAUGGCACUUUUAUAUUACACUGUUGUGUACAAGGUGCUGCUAUUGUAACAUUAGCUCCAGAUUAUGGUAAUGGUGUAUUCAACUUUACGACCAUUUCGGAAAUACCUAUUCAACCUGGUUUUGAAGUUACAAAUAUGUGUCCUGGGGAGGAGGGAUAUUUUUGGUGUAGUUGGUUAACAUUAGAUGAAUCACCUGCUGUUACCAAGAAUAAUGUCAUUCAUCCAGGAUUUUCUAAGGUGGCAUUAACCAGACCUUCUCUUCAAGUGCCAGUGUCAGACUACAUUCCUAGGGAUCCAGCUUCUCAUUAUUUAGAUGCCAUAUUUUCCUCUGGUUUCUUCACUUCUUUGGAUAUAGCUAAAGCAAUUUCACUUUAUAAAAUAACUGCUGUAAUAAAACCAAACAUCGAUGUUGCUGAACAGAUUUGUGCCAUAGUGGAAACUGAAAUUUAUUCAGAAAUUGGUGAACAAGAAUUGGAUGAUGAUGAAUUCUUAGAUAUUGCUUUUAGGUGUUGGAAUCGAUUAUAUUCAUGUUGCAGUCAGUAUAUUAUUUCAAGUAUGCUUCCUCUUGGAAUGGUUUGGCUCGGAGAUUACUUAGUUUUAAUUCAAGAAUGUGGUUUCUCAAUAGUUGUUGAUAUUGAACCAUUAGAACUUUUUAUGACAACUGCUGUAAAGUCUUCACAAUUUCCACAAGUUGGAUACGGCUGGCUUGUAGAAAAGCUUAGGGAUAUUAAUUUAGAAUCUGGCAUUGUUAAGCUGGAAUUGAGCAUUCAUACUGGAGAAUCAAUUGAUGAGCUUUCCAUCCUUCAAGAAGCUGCUGAUCUCAUUCAUCCUUCUAAGCAACUUGAUGAUGCUCUAAGUAUCUUCUAUGAAGAAGGUUUAGGAAGAAGUUUAAAUUGUCUUAUAGAAGAAUUAGCUGUGCCUGAAGAUUUUAAUAAAGAUGGUACCUGGGAAUCGUUUUGUAGUUAUAGUGGCGUUGGUGCUGUGACAUCUGCAUUUCGAGAUUAUGUUGCUGUGAGGUUAAAGAUUUGUGAAAAAAUGUUAUUGCUUACUGAGCUUGCUAUGAGAGAUGAUGAUGGUGCUGCAGAUAGGACUCAACACAGGAGCUUAGCUGCCCUUUGUAAAGCGUAUUAUAUUUUAAAAUGGAUCUGUACAUCCAAGUCCACUGGAAAUGCACCCAUGAUUCAUGUGUUUUCUUUGGUCAACCCAACAUCAAUUAUGCAAUCUUCUCUUGAACAAUGUGUGCUUGGCCUUGCUAAUUGCUUAUGGCCAUUAGCAACAAAUAGUACACUUGCUCAGCAUUUGCUAUCAACAAAACAGUAUGCACUUCUACAAACAUUUGCAAGAUUAGUUGGAAUAAAUAACUGGAGUUUACUACUUGCAGAAUCAUACAUUCUGACAGGACAGCCUGGCAAGGCAUUUGAUGUUUGUUUAAAAAAUGCUGGAUCAGAUGUUGUGCACUUCCUGAAUGCUAUAAGACUUUUUGAAAAACAUUCGAGGUCUGAUUUAGUAAUAGAAAUGGCAACUAAAGCUUUGGAACUCCUUAUUGUUUCACAUUCUGAUAGGGAAACACUCGAAUCAGCAUUAUUUGUUCAUGAAUUAGGAAUGGAAAAUUAUGAUGCUGCUUGGAGUUGGAUUGAAUCGUGUAGUUCUUGGUCCCGCAGAUCUGACUUUUUGCAGCGUCUUGUUGCUAACAUGAUAUCAGAAGGAAAACUCACUGAUCUUAUCUCAUUUUCUUAUACUGGUCUCCUAGAUGAAUUAGAAAAGCUUCUUGCUUCGCGUGCUAGAUCUUUGACUUUCGGCCUUGCCACUAACUACUAUAAUAUCUUGUAUGCUUUCCAUGUCAAACAUGAAAACUUUAAGAAAGCUGCUAGUAUUAUGUUAGAAAAAGCUCUACGUGCAGACACUGCUGAAGUACAAUGGAAAUGUUAUGGUGCCUGCCUCAGCUCCUUGAUGUUGAUAAAUGAUCCCCAACAAGCUUGGCUAGUGCGUCCUAAUCCAUUCUCUCAAGAGGAUGCUGUAGAAAUACUAGAAAUCGAGGAUAUUCAAAGAGAAUUUGAGUUGUCUGGAGCUCGAUAUAAUUUAGAUGGAUGUUCACCAGAUGCUUCUCAGGAAGAGGUAAUUGCAUUAUGUGUCACCCAAAAACUAUACAAAACAGCACUUCGGCUAGCUAAUAUGUGCAAACUUUCUUGUGCACCUUGUAUUCAAGCUUUCACAGCUAGUUGUGCAGCUCUCUCUGAACAAUCAAUAUCCUGGCAUUGGUUGAAAGCAAAUGAAAUUGAUGAUAUUAUUAUAACUGAAUCUAAUGCAAAUGAAAUGUUAUGGAGGAUUUUAGAAAGAUGUAUUUUGAAGUAUGAAAAAGAAAAUGAAACAGUGCUUCAUCGGGCUUCUGCUAACCAACUUUUAACUGUUGGUUUGUUUAUUCCUACUUGGCUUCUUCAAUCUUAUAAGAAAAGAAAUAGCUCAGAAUUGCUUCGCCUGUUUGUUCAACAUGGAUAUUUGGAAGAAGCUGAGGAGCUAGCAUGUGAAUACUUAAAUGCAGCUCUUGGGAUUGGUAGAGAACAUUUUUCAAUUGAUUUUCCACUGCAUCUUUCAUCUCCUCCCCUUUGUCUACCUUUACAAACUAUAGAUAUUUUACUUCUAGAGCUAAAACAUUAUAAUAUAGGGGACCGGCUGCAAAAAAAAUUGGAUACAUAUGUAAACACAAUUUCAAGGAUUACUUUGGAAAGGCCUAUGAUUGUUUCUACAAAAAAAAAAUAACUUGUAAAUUUAAAAAUUUUAUACUGUUUUUUAAUAUUUAAUAAAUGUUUUUAAAAACUGUGUUCUUCCAAA